AUUAUUGUUGGAUUAUUUUAUUUAAUUCAUCCCCCUUCAUUUCAUUGACUUGCUCUCUCUCUCUCUCUCUUCUUCUCUUUCUCUCCUUUAAAUAUUUCAUGUCACCACAUCUGGCUCUUAUGUCCUCCUGCCCUUUCAGUUUCCAAUAUUAAUAUAACAUGAUACAUAAAUUAAUCUCCCCACAACUUCAUCACCAAAACCCCAAAACAGAUCAACCCUUUUUCUUCUUUUUCGGUCCGUCUUCGUCUUCGCCUUCGUCUUCACCGGCAUGGAUUAUUCUGCAGGCAAGUCUCCGAGAAGAGAGCUUCAGCUUCAAGGCCCACGUCCUACACCUCUCAGGGUUCAUAAAGACUCUCACAAGAUCAAGAAGCCUCCAAUUGUCCCCCAACCCUCCUCACAACCACCCUCCCAACAGCCUCAUCUCUACCAGCAGCCACGUCAGCCGGUCAUAAUCUACACCGUGUCCCCGAAGGUCAUCCACACAAACCCUAGUGACUUCAUGGACCUUGUCCAACGCCUCACGGGCUUAAACUCUUCUUCAUCUUCUUCCCCACCUACUCAAAAUAAUCCUAAUAAUCCUCCGAAUUAUGACAAUAACAAUACCAAUAAUUCUCGUGAUGAUCAAGUGAUGAAGACAAGUUCUGCUCAAGAUGUUGCUCAAGGGAUGGAGAUGGACGGUGAUGAUGGUGGUGCGAGGCAGAAGGGUUUGUUUCCGGGGAUCUUGUCACCGGGGCCCUCAUCGCUCAAUCCGAUUCCUUCGAACUUCUUCUCUCCACCGUCGGAUAGCUUCUUCCAUGAUUUGAGCCCAGUGCUCUACGGAAACAGGAACUUCAUAGAAGGUAGCUUCAUGCCUAGUCCUUCAAACUUCUUUUCCCCUAGCACUCCAUCCAUAGACUUAUUCAACAAUUUCCCCGACUUAUAGUUUUUCUUUUCUUCUUUAGUUUUUCUAUUUUCAAAUUCUUUUCCUUCAUAGAAAGAAUGGGAAUUUCAGGGGAAUUACUU